GCACUCAGACUCCGGGGGGGCCGCACUCAGACUCCGGGGGGGGGAUGCCCGUAGCGAGAUGCCGGACAGGGCGCUGAGUAGCUGGGAGCAGUGAGGCAUGACACACAGGCGUGGGACUUCCCGACAUCGGGCUCAGGGUUAGUGCAGGGGUCGGUCCCUGUUGCCCCCCAGUCCGGAUGCCUGAGGCCCCUGGGCUGCAGUAGUGGAGAUGACAGCCAGCCCGGCGUACAUAGCACUGGAGGUGAUCAUAGCGGUUCUGUCCAUCGCAGGGAAUGUGCUGGUGUGCUGGGCAGUGGCCAUUAACAGCACCCUCAAAAAUGCCACCAACUAUUUCCUGGUGUCGUUGGCAGUGGCUGAUAUAGCCGUGGGGCUACUGGCCAUUCCCUUCGCCAUCACCAUCAGCAUUGGCUUAGAGACCGAUUUUCACAGCUGCCUGUUCUUUGCCUGUUUCGUGCUGGUGCUGACCCAAAGCUCCAUCUUCAGUCUCUUGGCUGUGGCCAUUGACAGGUACCUGGCCAUCAAGAUCCCACUCAGGUACAAAAGCCUGGUGUCUGGGAAGCGAGCGAGAGCUAUUAUUGCUGUGUUCUGGAUUUUAUCAUUUGUAAUUGGCUUGAUACCUCUUAUGGGCUGGAACCGAUUGGAUAAAAACUGUUCUCAUGAACCAGGAAUGAGCCAUAACUGCACUGUUCAAUGCUUGUUUGAAAAAGUGGUGACUAUGAGCUACAUGGUAUACUUCAAUUUCUUUGGUUUUGUACUUCUCCCUCUCCUGAUCAUGCUGGGGAUCUAUAUUAAAAUCUUCAUGGUUGCCCGUAAGCAGCUCAGACAAAUAGAACUGAAGUGCGUCGGGUCAGACAGCUCACGGAGUAUCCUCCAAAAGGAAGUCAAUGCUGCCAAAUCACUGGCCAUCAUUGUUGGUCUGUUUGCCUUCUGCUGGCUUCCCAUCCACAUUCUAAACUGCAUCACACUCUUUAUGCCAGAUUUCGAUAAGACAAAGCCAGAGUGGGUUAUGUACACGGCAAUUAUCCUGUCCCAUGCCAACUCUGUUGUCAAUCCUAUCAUAUAUGCUUAUAAAAUUAGAGACUUCCGCUACACAUUCCGGAAGAUUCUUUCAAAGUACAUUGUCUGCAGGAAGGACAACUUUUCCAAGUGCCCCAAUGGCACUGUUAGCCAUAACAGACAACUGCACAUCAGCAGUGUAAGUGCUGGAAAUGCAAUCAUGUGAUUUCUAUUGCUUCGUUCAUCAUACUAAGUGUGGCCUUCACAGUGAAGAUGAUGUGUUUUGGGUUUUAUGGGCAUACCUUACAUUUCUUACUGGGACCACUGAGGAUCUGACAAUGGAUCACUUUUGCUGCUGCACUUCUUUUGAGACAUUGCCUUGCCAGCAGUUUUGUUGGUGUACAAACAACCUUGGCGCACCGAUAUUUCCUCUCUCUGGACAAGCUCAUUUAGUUCAUAACAGCCUUUUAACAAUACCUUCUCAUGUAUAUUCAACUCAGGAGAUGGAACAAACAGUACAAAUGGACCAACAUGGCUAAGUUACGAAAACCUUCAAUCAUGCUGGUUAUCAG